ACCCACAUGUCACCAGAAGGCUUUGUCACCAGAGAGAGAAAGAGAGAGAGAGAGAGGAAGACAGAGAGAGAGAGAGAAGGUCUUUUUCAGAUUGUGUUUGGCUCCCCUCCUCCUGCCUCCCUCUUCAGCAUCAAGUGCUUUCACCCUUCUCUCCAGCCACUUAGAAGGAGCAAUGAGGAGAGAAGAGCUGUCGCCCUGCUGAUGCCAGGACAUCUGGGAUGCAGUGAUAACAUUUAUUUUCAAAUGACAUUAUUUGUGCAUUCUUAGGAAAAACAAACAAGAUACUGCGGAAUUGCCAUAUCCAUCAAUCGGAUGCAAGCAGAGCCAGGCCCAAUUAACAAUGGGCCCUAAGCACCUGUGUGUCCUGCUCCCGGUGACAAUGUUGGUCUUGGCGGCCAUCGCCACUGAGCUGACUGCGACGGUUGACGACGAAUACACUUGGCCUCAGUGGAAUUUGCCUCUGGUAAGGAAAAGGCGCACUCUGCCUCUGAGCAGUCCCAACUUCUCAGCGCAUCCUCAACCAGAGGUGAGCGGGAUGUGCGGGAUCGAGUGUCAGCGUGGCCUCCCAUCGCCCCCCUUGGAUGACCUGGAACAGCUCCUGUCCUAUGAGACGGUUUACGAGAAUGGAACGCGCACAUAUACCUCAGUCUCUGUUGAAGGUCUCAACGAGGUGGCGGAUCUGUCCAGAAACCACUCCUCUAGGUCCCGUUACAAAAGAGAGGUAUUUGGCAUGGACACGCGCUUCACUAUUUCUGAUAAGCAGUUCUCCACUAAGUAUCCCUUCUCCACUACUGUCAAAAUUUCCACGGGAUGUUCUGGAGUUCUGGUGUCACCCAAACAUGUGUUGACCGCUGCCCACUGCAUCCAUGACGGAGAGGAUUAUUUGGAUGGUGUUCAGAAGCUUCGUGUUGGUAUUCUGAAGGAGAAGUCUAGAAAAGGAAAAGGAGGCAAAGGGAGAGGAGGACGAGGGAAAGGCAAAAAGAGAAAAGGGGAUGGCGCUAAAGAGGAAGUAAAGCAAGUGGAAGAGAAGGAGGGGAGCCGUAAAGGAAAGGAAGGAAAGGGCAGAAAGAGCCGAAGCCGCCGCAGCGCAGAGUCUGAGAAACCUUCAUUUCGGUGGACCAGGGUCAAGAAAACCCAAGUGCCAAAGGGUUGGUUCAAAGGUGUGUCUGAUAGACUGACUGCAGAUUAUGACUACGCAGUUCUGGAGCUGAAGCGAGCCCCAAAAGUGAAGCACAUGGAUCUGGGUGUUAUCCCCUCAGUCAAGAAGCUUCCUGCAGGAAGAAUCCACUUCUCUGGUUUUGAUGAUGACCGGCCAGGGAACCUGGUGUACAGGUUCUGCUCUGUGUCUGACGAGUCCAAUGAUUUGUUGUACCAGUACUGCGAUGCCAAAUCCGGCUCCAGUGGUUCUGGGGUAUAUGUCCGUCUCAAAGAGCCUGGCAAGAAGAAGUGGAAGAGAAAGAUCAUUGGGGUGUUCUCUGGUCACCAGUGGGUGGAUGUUAAUGGAAAUGGGCUGCAGCAGGAUUACAAUGUUGCAGUGAGGAUAACGCCUCUCAAGUAUGCCCAAAUCUGCUACUGGGUCCACGGGGACUCAAGUGAGUGCCAGGUGUCCUAAGACAACGACGGAGUCCCUAAGUUCUACUUUGAAACCAAAUGGCCCCCAGUCUCCUCGACCCUUGGUGCAGUCUUGCAUCCUGCCUGUGCUUCUUGCCACACUCAAUCUACAAACACACACACAGCCCACAGCCAUACAGACUCGGUGUUGACAACAACAGGAACUCGAUGACACGUAUAGAGAACUGUGGCUUUUCUAAUUUAUUUGCAAAAAUAACAACAGAAAAACAAGCAUUUGAAUUGUUUAUAGAGCAUUACAAUCUGGAGUUUUGUUUCGAGUUGUGUUACUUUGUCGGCUACAUUUCUAAAAAUUGCCUCAACUUUUCUAAUUAUGUCUUUUUCUAACAAACGGUUCGAGAGAGACUUGCCAUCUUGCAAAGCUCUCGCUGUUGAGAUUGUGAUUGGCUUUGACAAGACCCAGGACAUAAAUUCAUGUCAACCAUAUUGCAAAAACAAAUUUAGGUACACAAAUAAUGAAUAAAUCAAUGAUGAACAUUGAAUAAGUUGGUGUUUUGCAGUGUGUAAGUCUAAAAGUUGUUCUAUGUCUAUCAGGUUCUGUGCCAGUCGAACUGGUUCUCGUGGAUGCUUCCCUUAAAUUGUCCCACCAUCUUUUCUUUGGUCUUCAAAAGCAGUGAAAUGUUUUCAUUGGUGUGCACAUAAAACUAUUAAUGCUUACCCAGCAUACAUGGUGCUAAUUUAUCAAACUAUAAGCUUUUUAUUUCCCCCCCUCCCAGGGAAAGGGGAACUUACUACUGUAACUAUGAAUUUGAGGCUGUUGUGCUAAGAUUGGCUCAAACCUUUCAAUAACUUAAUUGAUAAUUUAUUUAAUUUCUCUUGCGCAAAUGGGUUUCAUUUGACCACAGAUAUCAGAUUGUUUUAUAUCCACAAAUUGUAAUAUGAAAUGCAGCCAUUUUUUUCAUGUUGCUGAUGUUUCAAAAAACAUUUGGUCAAAACCAAUAAAUACUAAAUUCCUGAUAUUAAUUAUGUAGAUUGAUGUACUAUUAAUCCAUUCAGGAUUAAUGUGUAUAUGUGUGUUUGUGUUCAUGACUAACUCAAAAUCUUAUUGUGUACGGUUAUUGUAAACGCAAGUUUGCAAUUACAAUUUCACAUAGACAUACAUCCAGCAGUCAGUAUGGCAGUUUCU